AUGCUGCUGCGAGACGAGCAAGUCCCGUUGCUUUUGAAACGGAAGCACGUCGUCUCGGGAUAUCGACCUCUGAACCAGCCCAAAUCAUUUUACUUAAAAUCAGCAUUCUCGUCGCAUAAUGAAGUGUUCAAUGUCUGGACUCACUUUAUUCCGGCCAUUAUUCUCUUUUUCGCAUAUUUGGUGCCAGAGUUUUUGUCUCCAUUGCCACGUGUCCCUGUACUGAUCCUUCAAAUUGGAAUUUUCCUACUUUUAAUCGCUUCCUCAAUGGCUCAUCUAAUGCAUUCUCGUUCUGAACUCGACCAUGUCUUCUGGUUUCUUAUUGACUUUUCUGGAAUCGCUCUUUUUGGAAUUACAAUUGGCUUACAAAGAUAUAGUUCAAGUGAUCAUAUGAGUCUAAUCAUGAAAAUAGUAUACGUCCCUCUUCUUCUGCUUGUUGUUCUCGGUGGUCAAUAUUUCUCAACAUGUUAUUUGUUCGUGUUCAAACCACAUUACAAACGACGAAUGGAACUAAGAAUGGGAUCAUGCUUCCUUCUUGCUUGUUGGCUCUACAUUCCACUUCAUUAUAGAUAUCAAGAUCCUGAAAGUGUGGGUGACCCUGCACUGCCACUUCAUUCGAGAGCAUUCCAAUGGCUUGUUUUUUCUGGAAUUUUCAUGGGAGCUCAUAUUCCAGAAAGGUUUGCCCCGGGAUUCUUUGAUAUUGUUGGAUACGGACAUCAGCUCUUCCACUUGUGCAUCGAUAUGGUCGCCUGGAAUCUUCUUGACGCAGCUAAUCUCGAUUGUUCAAGUGACGAGGGACACGUCCAUUUGCCAAGAAACAUUGUUGCCGUGAUCGCAUUGAUUGCCUCAAUCGGAAUGAUUGGUUGGAAUGUUCACUCCAUGAUGAAGAAGGCAAAAACGAAACGAUACGAUGAAUAA